AGCAUCACUUGCUACAUCUCAGCCACAAACACAGAGCGACAGAAGGGAGUGGUCAGGCACACUGGUCUUACAAGGAAGAACACAGAACAGAGAAAGACUGAGUUCCAAAUUUAGAACAGACUCUUUAACUGGAUUAGAAUCUCCGCUUGCUUGAAUCUUUUGUUCAUUCUAAAAUAGUUGAUUCUGGAAUAUCUGCAAGCUCUUGAACCUCUUUGUUUAGUGACUUCCACGUUCCUACAGAAGAGAGAGACUCACCCAGGGAGCCAGAAUGUCGAUGGGCAUGGAGAUCGUGGGCAUCGCCCUGGGACUCAUUGGAUUCAUCCUCGGUAUCGUGGUCUGUGCUUUGCCAAUGUGGAAGGUGACAGCCUUCAUCGGAGCCAACAUUGUCACUGCUCAGGUCAUCUGGGAGGGGUUGUGGAUGAACUGUGUAACCCAGAGUACGGGCCAGAUGCAGUGUAAGAUCUACGACUCCAUGCUGGCCCUGCCCCAGGACCUCCAGGCUGCCAGAGCCAUGACCAUCAUCGCCAUCAUCCUCGGGGUUCUAGCGGUGAUGAUCUCCAUUGUCGGAGCCAAGUGCACCAACUGUAUCGAUGAUGAACCCUCAAAAGCAAAAGUCAUGAUCAUCUCCGGAAUCUUCUUCAUCCUGGCCGGUAUCCUUAUCCUCAUCCCUGUCUGCUGGUCAGCCAACACCAUCAUCCGAGACUUCUACAACCCCCUUUUGAUCGAGGCCCAGAGAAGGGAGCUGGGGGCUUCACUCUACAUUGGCUGGGGGGCAGCAGCCUUGCUCCUGAUAGGAGGGUGCAUGCUGUGCAGCUCCUGCCCCCCCAAAGAGGAGAAGAGGUACCCACCCCGCAUGGGCUACUCUGCCCCUCGCAGCAUGGGUGGAAAUACAGCAGGAUAUGACAAAAAGGACUAUGUCUGAGAAGGACUUCUUCGGCUGUCUAGAAUAAACAGAUGGAAGUAAAGAAAUACAGCAAUAAUUGAGGAAAGGAACCUCUAUGCUGAACAUCAGUUUGUUUGCUGUAUGACAGAAAAGCUAGUACAGGAAUCUUCUAGAAAGUCUGGACCUGAAGGGAUGUUUUUUAAUCAAGGUUGGGUAGGUUACCCACUGAUCCUACAUACCUGUCCAAAAUUGCAAUAAGUAACUUACUGAAGGGAUGUGUGUUUUUACUGCUUGGCUUUUUCUCUACUUGGCAUUUCUGUGUAGUUUCAUUGUUCAGGUUUAUAAGGUCCAGGUAUGUGUAAAAUGUGAUAGAGACUGUCAGGCCCAGAAACUGUACAAUCCAAAAAGGUUAGGGUGACUAUUGGUGUGUUUUUAUACAGUUUCCAUUCUAGUUAGUUAUAGAUAUAAAACUUGAGAUGAUUAACCAAAGCCCUUUUGUUACCGUAGUCCAUACGGCAAAUGCUAAAUGCUAAAGUACUUAAGAGAAUAGUUUUGAUUAAACAGUAUCUGGUCUCAUA